AUGCCAGCUGUCAAUGAACUCCUCCAAUUUUAACAACUUGCUGGUACAAUAUUUUGUGACAGGCGUUUUCCUUUGCAAUAAAUAUAUUACUUUAAAGAUAUUACUUUAAGGACAAUACGUACACUGGCAACCAUAUUGAUAAUGAAUUGAGAGGCAGGGAAAUACAUUUUGAGGAUCUUCUUUCAGUCUGCAGUAUCCUCUAUUACUCUGCAACUGAUCUGGAUAUACACGAGAAUGACGAGGGGAAAACUGCAGUUGCAGACGAUUCAAAACCCCGUAAGGCGUCGGAUUACUUUCUCUAAGCGUAAAGCAGGACUGCUGAAGAAGGCUAGCGAGCUCGCCCUUCUCUGUGAUGCUGAAGUCGCGCUCCUCAUUUUCUCACCGUCGGGAAAUCUGUACGAAUUCGGCAGCCCCAGAAUAAUUGGGAAGUAUUUGAAAGGUUGUGAUUCUACGGGAUGCCCCAUACAAUUACCAGAAUAUGUAGAGCCAUUGCGUUUGGAAUUUGAGGACUUACGAAGACAGAUAACACAGUCAGAAAAAGUGUGCAAACAUAUGAUCGGUGAAGACUUGGAUUUACUAAAUUUGAAAGAAUUGCAACAACUUGAAAAGAAAAUGAGUUUGGGUGCUAGAAGGAUACGCUCAAGAAAGGGUAAAAUUUUAUCGGAGAAUGUGGAGUUCUACAAAUGAAGGAAAAGUUAUUUAGACUGGAAAAAGCUGAGCUGGAUUAAAAGAUUGGUAGAAAUCACAAAGUAUGCCACCUUAAUAUUGAGAUGAUGGAGGAAGUCAACGAUAAAUUGGAAUCAGACGCUGUAACUCUACAAUAUCUGCCUCAAACUAACCUUUAUCUCACGUAAUUUUUAUUAUAAUAAUUCUGCUAACUGAUUCUUCUUAAUCUCAAAAGAUUGGAUGAACUCAAAGGCGUUUCUAUGGUCCAUGAUAUUCUCUGUAACUCAUUUCAGUCGCUGUGAAGUUCAAUUCUGUUCAACAAGAUUUUUUACAGCUACGUUGUUUCUUAGGAAAUCCAAAUAUUCCAUUAAAAUUA